UGUCAACAGUAAGGAAAUUAAGAAUUAUUCCAGAAAAAAAAAAUGUCAAAGAAGAUGAAUACUCCAUGGACUGGUUCAUUAAUUGUUUUUCUUCUAUCUAAUGUAUUCAUCAUCAUCUCAUCUUUUGCUCAUGAACAACCAAAGAUCUUCAUUGUACAUGUUUCGAAAUCAGAUAAGCCUUCCAUUUUCAACACUCAUCUAGAUUGGUAUACUUCAACACUCCAAUCCCUCCCACCUUCACCAUUAGCAUCAUCAUUUGGCACUGGUCACCUUCAUCGGCCUUCUCCAGAAAUUAUUUAUACUUACAGCCAUGCUAUUCAUGGUUUUGCUGCGAGGCUAACACCUUCUCAAGCUUCACAUCUCCGAAGUCUCCACGGUAUUGUGUCUAUAUCACCUGAGCGUACUCACCGGAUCUAUACUACUCGUACACCACAGUUCCUUGGUCUGAAUGAUCAUUCUGGUCUUUGGCGUAGCUCAAAGCAUGGGGAGAAUGUCAUAAUAGGAGUUAUAGAUUCCGGGAUCUGGCCGGAACGGAAAAGUUUUAAUGACUCGGGUUACAGUCCGGUGCCAGAGAAAUGGAAAGGUAUUUGUGAGACGGGACCUGAUUUUCCUGAAACAUCUUGUAACCGGAAGAUUAUCGGUGCUCGUGUUUAUUACAAAGGAUAUGAAGAGGCAAUGGGAAUGCCAGUUGAUGCAGAUGGCACAGAAUCAAGAUCGCCAAGAGAUACUCACGGACAUGGUACACAUUGUGCAUCAAUUGCAGCUGGUUCUGUUGUUUCGAAUGCUGGGUUUCGGAAAUUUGCUGUCGGAGUAGUGAAAGGUAUGGCAACUAAAGCUAGAAUUGCUGCUUACAAGGUUAGUUGGACAUUUGGAAUUGUUACUUCGGAUGUAAUAGCUGGUAUGGAUCAAGCUGUGGCAGACGGUGUUGAUAUAAUUUCCUUAUCGUUGGGCCCUGGCCAAUCCAUGAAAUAUUACGACGAUUCGAUUGCCAUUGCAGCUUUUGGUGCUAUGCAGAAAGGAAUUUUGGUUUCAUGUGCCGCUGGAAAUAAUGGACCUGCUCCGAUGAGUGUUGAUAAUCUCGCACCAUGGAUGCUGAAUGUUGGAGCAUCUACAAUUGAUAGAGAAUUUCCAGCCGAUUUGGUUUUAGGCGAUGGUCAAGUAUUUCCAGGGGCUUCAUUGUACUCCGGCGAUCCACUGAACCAGCAAUCCGGUGCAUAUGCGGAAGUAGUUUACUCGCUUCGUAACAAAACCGAUAGAUAUUGCUCAGGAGGAUCACUGAAUUCCACACAUGUUUCUGGUAAAAUUGUUGUUUGUUAUGUUGGCUAUGACACUAACGCAGCAGAUCAAGGGACUGCAGUCAAAACCGCCGGUGGUGCUGGAAUGAUUCUAAUUGAUCCGAAUGAAGGUGAAUUGCGCGCUCGGGCUUAUCCGAUUCCAGCAACUGAAGUGAGCCUUAGCUCUGGGUCUAAGAUCAUUGAGUACAUGAAUAAAGAAUAUUCAAACGGGCAAAGACCUACCGCAACAAUCAAAUUCCGAGGAAUGGUUACUGGGUCAUCUUCAUCUUCUGCUCCAAGAGUUGCGUCGCUAUCUAGUCGAGGUCCGAGUCAAGUAGUACCAGAGAUUCUCAAACCAGAUGUUAUUGCACCGGGGAUAAAUAUUUUGGCUGCUUGGACAGGAUUUGGUGCAGACCCAGCCAAUUCGGAAGAGUUCAAUAUAAUUUCUGGUUCAUCCAUGGCAUGUCCUCAUGUGAGCGGUCUGGCUGCGCUGCUUCGGAGUGCUUAUCCUAAAUGGUCUCCAGCUGCAAUCAAAUCCGCUCUCAUGACAACUGCUUACAAUAUCGACAACUCGGGAAGGCACAUUACUGAUUUUGCAACCAACAAUUUCUCAACACCAUUUCAGCAUGGGUCUGGACAUGUGAACCCAAACAAAGCUCUAAAUCCAGGUUUAGUGUACGACAUCUCUCCUAGUGAUUACGAAGCUUUCUUGUGCUCAAUUGGGUACAGCACAGAACAGAUGUCUCUCUUUGCCAAGGAUAAGAAGGUCGAUUGCGAGACGAUCAAGUCAUCUAACGGUCCCGGUGAUCUCAAUUAUCCAUCAUUUUCUGUUGUUUUUGGAAAAACAGAAAAAUUGAAGUAUAAAAGAGUUGUUACCAAUGUUGGGAGUUCAGUGAAUGCUGUUUACAAUGUCAGGAUUAGAGGUAGAACAUCAUUUGUUAAGACCAGUGUUUCCCCAACCAAACUUGUGUUUACUAAAGAUAAGACUAGUUUGGCUUACGAAAUCACAUUCGAGUCGAAGCUAAAGAUUCCGGUCACCGAGAAGAAGGAAGCGUUCGGGUCAAUAGAAUGGUAUGAUGGAGAACAUGUUGUAAGAAGUCCUAUUGCAUUUAGCUCGGUAAUUACCAACUCUACUAGCUUCAUUUCUUCUUCUUAGUUUGUCUAAUAUUUCCAUAUGAAUUGAUGUGAUUUACAAUGUGAAAGUCCACUCUAAGAUUCAGAAUUGAAUCCAGCAAUGUGGGGAUCUACCUAACCUCGAUUCAAAAUGCACCAACUUCUGUAGAUACCAGGAUUUAUUGCAACUUUGUCCAAGAUAAGAAGCAUGUGAUAGUAUCAGAAA